AUGAACAGCUCGAACAGCAAGGGCACUGCCUGCUCAGUAGGACGCACCAUGGACAGGCAGGGCAGCCCCUCAUCAACACGAUCAGCUGCAAUGCGCCUGGCGGAGAUGGCCCGCUUCUGGUCACCCAACAAUGCCAGACAAGCCCGUGAAAGAGCAAUUCCAGCAACGCAAUCAGCUCAACAGAUGUUGCAUACCCUCCGCCCCUCUCCACUUCCACCGCCUAUGAGUCGCAGCAGAACUGCGGUGUCAUGUGGGUCACUUGUUCCUCCUGGCUCGACGCCGUCGCCACAACAAGCAGAGCAGCAGGCUCAACCAGGCCCCCACCAACCUCAUGCUCAGGUUCUAUGGCGUUCCAUGACUCCCUCAACUUUCGUUUACAGUUGUUACCGCCAAAGACAGAUGACAGCACGUCCAGCCAGCACAGGCCCCAGACUGGUACCAACUAGAACCAUCGAAGUGGACGGGCAACCGACGCAGGCGCGGCCCCAGCAUCCGUCGCAGCCGAGCAAUACCAACUCUGGCCUGUGGCCUGGUUCAUGGGCCAUCCUUGCAGACAGGAAUCGCGAGUUUAUAUCUCCCCAGCAUCACGCAUGCCCUCCAGUGCAACUGGCGCAGCGCAGUUACCAGUUGCCGUGCGCUUCUGGUAUGGAGGGAAGUCCUUCCAUUCAAAGUCGUUUCAAGGAAGAUGGCAGACCUCCGUUUACCUUGUAUCCAGCAGCUGUAGCGAGAGAGCAUUGUACCCUCCCUCUCCGGCAACGGCCUGCCAGAGGCAACUCCCCUGGGCUCCAAUGCUGGCGACCACACUCCGUGCCUCCCCAGGGCUCUAGUGAUUUUCGUCUCGCUGGCUCCCCCAACAGCCUCCAUCCCUCCAACGUCUCUAGAGCAAAUGUUGGGAGGGGUGUGCCGCGUCUUUCGCCUGCUCAGAAGCCCCAAAAAAUGAAGGUAGAAGUCAACGUAAGCCGGUCUGCCAGCACGCCGCCAGUUCCUGUCCGCCAGUUCCCCAGCCUUGCUAGUCGUUUCUGGUCGUUCUUCCGUGGCUUAAGAGAACAAACAGUAGACUGUGAAAGGGAAGCUGAUAAAAAAAGAGUUGAACAUGCAAGGGCUUUUCCGAGCGACAACCUCCCCAAAGGGCGCCACCCCGUCCCUACAGUGAGAUGGGCGCAUACACCCCGCGGUUUCCGCCAUCAGGUUGAGCAAAUACGGGGAAAGAGCCAGCAGCCAACUCAGCAUCCACAAACUGUGAAUUCACCUGGAUCCCGUCCCCCAUCCCCCAACCUGAAUCUUCGACAAGGUCCCUGCUGUCAAUCCUCAGUGAGGCUUCCGCAGGCUGACGUGACGGGAUACUUCGUUCCCAAGCAGGAUGCUGGUGCACUAGACAGGUCGCCAGAUGCCCCUGUUAACCAGGAACAAAACAGCCGAGACAUUUCACACGAAGUACCACAGCAGCAAAGAAUUCGCCACUCCGGCUGUCACCUGCAGCUUCCGAAGGCUCCAGCCCAGCAAACUCUCCAGCUGCCACAGCUGCAGAAGGGACAUCUUCUCUGGCAGCAGCAACAACUUCUGCAACAGCAAAGAGAGGUUCUCCAGCAGCAAAAGGAAAGACUCAUGCAACAGCAGGCCUGCUGGAAACAGCACAGGCAGAGGACACUGCUGCAGAGUAGAUGCCCGCCUGAACAAACUGGGAAGAUCUCGGAACAGCUCAAGAACUCACGACAACUCCCAGGGCAUAACAAAGAAUCCUCCACUCCAAGCCAUUUGCAAACAGGGGAUAUAUUCCCCCCUCCGAGUAGUUUUGUAGAUUCAGAAGCCUCAUUACUUCGAACUAGUGAAGCCCUUGCAAAUGAGCACACUGGUGCCCAUGGUGAGGUGCAGCAAUCUCAGAGAGAGCCGCUGGAAACCCCCAUGACUGAAUGUAUGGAGCACAAGCCCAAUCAUAAAAGACCUGCCGGAGUACAGAAUGCUUCACCGCGACUGAAAUGGGAAGUCAGCGAGAGUGCUGAAGCUCCUAGUGGCUCCUCAGGUGGGCCGGAGUUUGCCGUGGCAGAGAAUAAGAAGUUGCAGUUCACAGCGGUUGGCGGAAGCCUCGAACAGCGUUUGCAGCUGAGGUGUGAAGUAAUCGGAGACCCAGUCUGUAUGUUUGCCAAAUCAGCAUUGUUUAGAGGGACUCCUACUACUGAGCACGAUCCAGUUGAUGCAGGAUCUGACAUGCACACAGAUUCUACAGCUGAAAUGAGCGACAGCCUAUCCAGAGAGCAAAGGACGGAUUCUCUUGAUUCUCAAAUUUCAGCUGAACUCCAGGGGGCUGGGGACUCUGUAGCUGCAAAUGGCCAGCGCCUGACUCCAGAUGGAUCUGCACCAACCGUGCUGCAAGAUGGAAAUAAACGAGAUGCUGGAAACAACGAAUCAGAUGAAGCGCAAGCUACUACUGAGCACAAGACAACAAGCUUACAGCUACGGAAAAAGCUCAUCUGGAAUCCGAGACUACGCUGCCUCCCCCAGGAUAGAUUCAAGAUCGGUCCCCAUGAUCUUAUCCCGGUAGGCCCACUGAUAGCCGCGAUGUCAACAACAGGAUGCAGAGGAUGGAAGGAUAAACCCUGCAUGACAGCUGACGACUGCGCGGAGGACUCUAGUUACAUAGAGGCAUACUUACCGAUAAAAUCUCUCGCAGAAUUCGAAAGCUUCGAAAAGGGCCAGGAUGCUCACGAUAUGUUAGAUGUACGCCGAGACGUGGUUGGCUGCGGGACCUACGGCAUUGUUAGGAGGCUAAGGCAUAGGAAGGGCGGGUUCACAGUCGCCGUCAAGAGCAUUGAGAAGGAGUCUGUGGUGCAGGCUGGCAUGGUGAACCAAGUGGAAUUCGAGUUAUACGUGCAAAGGGACUUGUUACGGCAUCAGAACGUGCUGCGGUGUUUCUCAUGCGUCGAAGACGCUGAAUACCUCCACAUAGUGUUGGGGUACUGUGAGCAGGGGGAUCUCUAUCGCCGUAUUCGUGAGCAGCCUCAUCGACGCUUCACAGAGCUUGAAGCCUUCUGUUUCUUUGCUCAACUGGUCAAUGGCCUCCACUGUGUUCAUGCCAACGGCAUCAUCCAUAGAGACUUAAAGCUUGAAAACUUGCUGCUAACCAAACGGAAUGUGCUAAAAAUUGCGGACUUUGGAUGGUGCGGGUCCAUUGUGGGUCGCAACCGAAGCUUCAGUUUCUGCGGAACGCUAGACUAUCUAGCUCCUGAAAUGGUCAAAGGGCAAGGACAUGACUGGCGUGUUGACUUAUGGAGUUUGGGAGUGCUUCUCUAUGAGCUUUUGGAUGGGCGCCCUCCUUUCCAGUCAACAAGGCACUUCGAGCUCGUUCAACGAAUCGUGACAGUGGAUAUCAGAAUACCCAGCCAUAUGAAGGAGGAUGCUGCAGACUUAAUUAAGGGGCUCCUCAAAUAUAAUCCGAAUGAUAGAUUAUCAUUGGUUGGCGUUGCUCAGCAUCCGUGGGUACUUCGAAUGUGGAAGGAGCUGCAAUUGCACCUCCUGCGAAAAGAUCCUACUUUGGACCUGGAAGAAUUGGUAUCCGUUUCUUCGGCCACCGAUUGUGAUGUUGAAGCGGAACUUUCACCGCGUUCUGUCCCACCCGGGAAUUGUGCGCAGACAGGCCCCCAGCAAGUAGUAGAACCCGGAGGCUCGUUGAAGAAAAGCGCUGUCUCUAAGGGAUCGGUUGCAGCGGCCAAAAGUAGUGUAUCACGUUUUGCAACCAGAUUAUCGGCUGUUUCAAAUCGCCAGUGUCUUGCUGCGGAAAGGGCGUCAAACUUUCGCUUAUUAGGCAACCGGAGGUGUAACGGUAAAUUAGACAUUGAUGCUGUCUCUACUGAAGGCUGCAGGCAAAGGCUGAAUUCAUCUCCAUCGACAGAAACAAUAGCAAAGAAAGGCUCAUCUACUCUCAGGAACGCUCAUACCGGCCCUUGUCCCCUACCGCGUCGCAGGACGCUCCCAAAAGCCACCCCACUCCCAACGCAAGCCCGCACUAUUCGAUGUGCAAACAAAGUCUCCGGAUCCGAACGUACACACGCGACAGAGGGCGCUGAAGCAUCAGAGGCGCAUUUAAUAUCGAGAAGGAACGCAUCCAAAGGACGGCCCACACCCACAGCGCAGAAGAACAGGUGCCGAAAGGCACUUCUAGUUGACCAGUCUUUUGGCAUGCCGACUGCAACGUGGACGACAGAAACGCUGAUACCCAGCGUCUCUCAGCAGGAGAACUCGCCUACACCAUACACACUGGCAGGCGUGCCUGCUAGCAGGCACGCCUGCAGGCAGCAGCAAUACCAAGAUAGUGUAGAGAGAGCAAGACCUGCCUCAAACCACUCGGCAAAGCAGCUAGGUCAUGCUCCUUUCCAUCGGCAGGCCGAAUCUUGCUCCAGUGGAAACGUGCAAGAGCGAGAUGUAGGAGAUAUCCAAUCUCACGGGCCAUGUCCCCGUCAAGGCGUGGACUUUCAAGAUACACUGUCAAGUGACGAACCGGUGAAUUGCUCCACCGGAGUUCCUGCGGAUGCGGACCCUCAUGCAGCUUAUGACGCCACGUCGUUGCCGAGUGUGAAGAAACUGCGCAGCGUAUCUGCAAGUCCCAACGGUUGUGGACGUGCCGGUGCUAUACUUCGGUUAAGGUCGACGCCAAACAAGCACCAACUUGAACAUGACACAGCGAAGGCGUUGGGUGUACCGUAUUGCUGCCUGCGAAUACGAUCGGGAGCUCCCUAUGGACUACCCAGCCAGCAGCUUGUGGCUUCACAUCCAAACGCAGAAAAUGUGGUGGAUUCUCAUCCCGUAGGAAGCAAACAACGGACCGUCUCGAAACUGGCGAAAUCGUAUGAGUGUCCAAGCUUGAAGAACAGUGGUUUGGACGCGCAGCACUCAUCGCAAGCAUCUAGCAUGAAAUGCCACUCACAAGAAAUCUCUAAGGGCCAAGUGCCUGGACAAAACAGCAGUUACAAUGCAUCUCAGCAAGUUGCCGCACUCAGGGACAACCCAAAGCCAUUUCAGCAAAAUACAGGAAAUGAUCAUUCAAGCGUCCAGUGGUGGAGAAAGAUAUCAGAAUGCCCAACGCCUGCACAUCAAGGAACUACUCCUGCCGGACCUGGCCGAUCAGGGUCGUACAUCCCCUUCCAAGUACUCCCCAAGCAACGCCUUGCGAACUGUGUAGGGGGCAUUCCGGCAAUGCAGCACUUACACCCCCCUCUGCCGACAGCGAAGAUGCCUGAGAAUACACUGCUCCAUUCUACAAUACUUGCAAGUGGCCAAGGCCUCACGGGAUCUGAGCAGCCGAAGGACUCACUGGAAACUGCAAUACGGCUGCCAAACGAAAAGCAUAUGAUGGGUAGUGCUCAAGUCGGUAGACUUCCGGUUAUCAUUUCCAUGCCACAGCCGGAAAGCAUGAAAUUCGUGAGUAGUCCAAGUUCUUUGUUUAGAUAA